UCGAACGACGAGCGGUCGCGUCCCACUUCUUUCCAUCGGUUUCCCAUCGCGAUGUAAACAGAGGAACUCCAACAAAAAUCGAGUACAAUCUUCUUAUCUUCUACAAACUUCCUGGGUCUGAAGCGACCCGGAUCGAUCAGAACGAUUAAUCGAAAUCCUGAUAUUAUCUGCACGUGUCUCUCCCUGAAAUUGAGGAUUGUUAAUCCAUAAAGUGGCCCAGAUUUCACUUCCUUCGAUGGUUAAGAAGAUCAAGAUUUUAGAUAAAUAAUUAAAAUUAAGACCCAUACUCUGCAGUGUUAUUAAAAAAAAAAUUGUUAAGUGAAUAUUUAAAAUGAUCAACAAUCUGUAUUUUGGACUAAUGAGAUUCAUCGUUUAAUUAGUGAUUGCAUCUAUUUCUGAAGUAAGAGAUAUGAAACUUCAAGAUUUUUUGAAAAAAAGAAAAUCAAAGACAGUCUUCUGGUGUUCAAGAAUUAACAGUUUCUGUAUCGUGGACGAAGAUGUUAGGUAAAUGUCCACCUUUGGGUGCUAUGGGUGCUGGUUCCUUUGGGUGACACUGGUUACUGCGUUGGACUUUGAAAAAUGAUCUGACCGCUGUUAAUUAAACGUGUUUAAUUAUAACUCCUGUAAUUGGAUACAAUGGUAAACUGAAGCGAAAGUUGCAAACUAAUUGCGCUAAUGAUCAAUGUUAAUUACAGUACCUCUGCAAAUGAAUGGUUUUCAAUAGUCUCCCUCGACCAGUGCGAGGUCAAUUGUAAAUGUUUAAUGAAUUUUGAAGAAAUGCGAGCUUCCAGAAGAAGAAUUAUUUAUUGAACGAACUGAAAUAUUGUAAUGACCUUUUUAUGGCAAUCGAUUAAUCAUAUCAAGGUGCUUUGGAAAAUAGUGUCAUCUCUGAAGAAUUUUCGAAAAAGUGUUGAGAUGUGGAAAAUUGAAGAAUCAGUGAGUUGAUUGUAAAUUGAACAGAUAAAAUCGUGUAGGAUGAUUAUGGCUUUAAGUUUCGAUAUGAUAAUGGAAAGGUGUAGCCGGACGGGAACCAUCGCACCUGUGGAACCUUGAGACCGCCAGUAUGUUCGAACAGCGAACAAAGAUGCAGCUGGUCCCGAUCACCCCCCAGAAGCGUGGGCCGAAUGAAAAUCCAUCCGGGAAUCAACUCUCCUGGAGUAUCUCCAAACAGACCUCUCCAGAAUCUCGAAUCGAUUCGAAGCUCGUAUAAACUCAACCCAACCGACGCAUCAACGAAUCCAACCCGACUCAGUUUUACCUCAUGAAACCAUAUUUCGCGUCCUCGCGGUGAAAUCCAGCUUCGUUUCGAUGGCCAUUAGAGAAUUUAUCGACGACGUCGUCGAAGAAGCGGAAGGCGAGGAACGACGUCACAAACCACGGUAACGAAACAAAGAAAAUCCUUCGAAUAAACGAAUGCUAUGGAGCUGAACGAAACGAUGGAUCAAGAUCCAGCCAACUCCACCGAUCUAUCGGAUCUAAAAAUUCUCAUCGAUACCGGUCAAUCGAAUCGUUCGGACGACGUCUACGACCAUCAAAAAAGCCACGAUCUCGAAUAUGUCCUCCUGUUAACGCUGAAGGCUACCGUGAUGGCCUUCAUAAUCAUCUGUGCCCUGUUCGGUAAUUUGCUGGUGAUAGUGUCGGUGAUGAGGCAUCGGAAGCUUCGAGUAAUUACCAAUUACUUCGUGGUCUCGUUAGCGUUGGCCGACAUGCUGGUCGCCAUUUUUGCGAUGACCUUCAACGCUUCCGUCGAACUGUCCGGUAGGUGGUUGUUCGGCUACUACAUGUGCGACGUAUGGAACUCGUUGGACGUGUUCUUCAGCACCGUCUCUAUACUUCAUCUCUGUUGCAUCAGCGUGGAUCGGUAUUACGCGAUCGUCCAACCGUUGGACUAUCCGCUGAUCAUGACGAAUCUACGGCUGAGCACCAUGCUGAGCGUGGUCUGGUGUUCGCCGACGGUGAUGAGCUUCUUGCCCAUCUUCGCCGGCUGGUACACCACCGAGGAGCACCUACAGUUCCGUAGGAAAUACCCGGACGUGUGCGUGUUCCAAGUGAACAAACUGUACGCGAUAAUCAGCUCCAGUGUCAGCUUCUGGCUACCCGGGAUCAUCAUGAUCGCGAUGUACUACAAGAUCUACAGGGAGGCUGAUCGACAGGAGCGAAUGUUGUAUCGGAGCAAAGUUGCGGCUGCGCUUUUGAACAAGCAUCUGCAGAUCAAUGGCAUUUCCGCUGGUCUGACCACACUUCCGACAGUGGAUCAAUCAUCGCCAGAUCCACAACCAGAGGAUCCACCGAUCACUAGCAGCAGUAAAAUGAGGAGAGAACGAAAGGCUGCCAGGACACUUGGAAUCAUCAUGUCAGCGUUUCUCGCUUGUUGGCUUCCUUUCUUUCUUUGGUACAUCAUCACAUCUCUCUGCGACACCUGCGAGAGCAGUGAUGCGGUGGUCGCGGUGGUGUUCUGGGUGGGUUACUUCAACAGCGCCCUCAACCCACUGAUCUACGCCUAUUUCAACCGAGACUUUCGUGCUGCCUUCAGGAAGACCCUGGAGAGCUGUUGCGUGGCCAUCGGGCCGGUCAGGGAUCUUCGACAGGUGCACAGGAAGCAGGACCUGGUGCACAGCAAUGCAUCCUCGGAAUUGCACGUAAAUAAUCAGUUGAGAACCAGCGAGAUGACCAACGUACACAUCGAGGCGUGCAUCUGAAUCCUUAAAAGGAUAUCUUCCUCGAUAAAUUAUACUGGGUGUAUUGAAAAUUAACACAUUUGUCACCUCAGAACGAACUGUAAUUAUACUGGAUUGGUAAUUAACCUUUCGUUGCAUCAUUUUUGUUUAAUUUAAAAAAAAAGUAGUCAUAGAGUAAAGUAUACAAUUAUUGACCCUUUUUCUAAAAAAGUAGAAAAUAUAAUACAUGUAAUGCGUUUCUUUCAUAAUAAAUUCUAUUCAGACUACGAAAGAUAAUUAUAUUUUAUUAUUUAAUUAAAGUUAAACGCAUAAUUUCUAAACAGAAGCGUUUCAUUUACUGGAAGAAUAAUUUUUAAAGGAACAUUGUAAAAUUCAGAACAUGAAACACAAAAUUAAAAUUAUGGCUCUCUCCAUGGUCCGCCGUCCAAGGGCUAAGAAACGCGUUAUAUUAUAUUUCUUAUUCUUUUAGGGGGUCAAUAAUUGUACACAUUACCUCAAAGCGACCAUCAAAGUAUUAAAUACACCUAGAAAUUUCAAUGAAGUUUGAUUCAAAUGAAUAAAGAAUCUUUGAAUGAAUAUGUGUAUGUUAGUAGAUGCUUCGUUAAAAAGAAAAAGACUGUUACGUAAUUUAUACUGUUAAUAUUCAGUGGUAAGAAUCGUGUUUCUUUCAAAUUAUUUAAUUUUCUGCAUUUUUUACUUUUUAUCUUAUGCCAUUCUCGAAGGUGUUGUGGACAUGAACGAAGUUAUUUUUCAACACAAGGGGUGCGGGAAAAGUUGUGAAGCAACUAUUUCUCUGGAUAGAAAGAAGGAAUUUAUUUCUGUCCAACAAAUAUUCUAUCACAACCUCAUCCCCGCUUUUGAACAUAUCACUUAUAAUUAUCUUUAUCAAUAAAAACAUCAAAUCAUUCGUUCCACCUUAAACGAUAUCAAUCUCUUUUUUUUUCACCAUCCUGAUAAAUCAAUAAGGAACCGAACUGCAAUUGGACGAAUCGAUUGGCCACUUUCGACGAGGCUCAGUGUGAAAAUCCCAGUGAAGGACACUUAAAUGUUCGCGACACACGUGUUGAGGGGAGUUUAUCGUCCAAAAAGGCGAGCUACACGUGUACUUAUCAUCGACGUUGCUUGGUCAGGUAACACGUUAUUAAAAGAGGAGUUUAAUGCCCGAAGGAGCGUCCUGAAAGGAGAAAAUUUUCAACACGGUCGACCUAUUUUAAGGUAGCUGUGGUUGUCAUCUAUUUUUACCCUGGCGUUCUAUCAAGUCAAUAAAUAAGGCUGCUACCCUCUAGCAAACGAUUAAUCUAAUUUCUCCUAAUAGAAGCACUGAUUUUUCAUUAACGUUAUUUAGAUAAUUAAAUCCUCGAAUUAUUGAUUAAAAUUUAAUCUUUCGCUGUUGAUUAUUUCAAAAUUAUGACAGAAUAAACUACAUGGUAUCGAAGAAAAUUCGUGUCGUUGGUAAUUCGUAGAUGAGAAAGGGAUCAACCCUUUGAAUAUGUUCACUGACUUUAUAUCAAAGCCAAAGAGAAAAGAGGGAUGUGCCAGAACACGAGUCCGAACGUUGUAAAACGAGCAUGGACAAGGUUGUGGUCGGACGGGUUGAAGCAUGAAAAUUACCUCGAAUGUGAAAGUGCCAGGGGCUUGGGUUUGAUGUUGACACGAGGAAUUAAAGGAUAAACGGUGCAGUCGGGAAAGGAGCACGGAUUACCUCGAGACUGCAAGUACAAUCGUGUAUUUGAACGAGGGAUGGAAAGCUGAACACGCGUGGCUUUCUGCUGGAAAAAUCAAAUGCUCGAUAAACAAGCUUCCGAUGGUGCUGUUUGGACAGCCUCGAGCUUAUUCCGUCGUACCAAGGUGCCUGUAGACAGAUGCGACAUUAAAUUAUAGGAGAAAUUCUGUUAUGGAAGAGUAAUUUUGCUGUUUGUUCAUCUUGUUUCAAUCUCUUGGGGAAAAUUUGAUCAAAUUUUAUGCUUUUUAGAAUUUUACUAUUUUGCUAGCUUAAUAUUUUGCUGUCUUACUA